CCCGGGCGGUUUAUUAUCUUCUUUCUGUUCAAGUGCCAUUUCGUUGCAUGCAGUGCAGUCUAUAAAACAGAAUGCGUUCUCAGUGGGUCUCGAGUUUCCUAUCACUUAUCGUCAUUCGUAGCGUAUAAACAUAACAGCACGCGGUCAUUAGCUCGAUUCAUAUUGUUUACGUAUCUGUCUGGCACAUGGGAGCGCUGCCGGAUCGCGGCUAAAAUUGCGUUGGUGUCGUCUGGCUGGUCAUAAAAGACUACGGGACUGCUCGGGAUCGUUCGUGGCGUCUCAGGCGUCGUUGGAUAUUCGCGGGAUCCUCUUCACGAUACGGGCGCGCAAAAAUGUCAUGCAGCUACGCGGACGGGUUAUCGCCGUACGAAAACAAAGGAGUGCUGGGACAGGAGGAGAGAUACGACACCGCGGAGACGCUCCGUCUGAAAUGCGGCCUCCUGGCCGACUGGAUACAAGGCGCCCGUCACGUCGUGGUGCAUACCGGCGCCGGUAUCAGCACCGCCGCUGGUAUUCCUGACUUUCGGGGUACAAAUGGUGUAUGGACAUUGGAGCAGAAAGGUUUAAAACCUUCAAUGAACAUUUCUUUCGAUGAAGCCAUACCUACAAAGACGCAUAUGGCACUGAAAAAGUUGAUAGAGAGCAAAAAAGUAAAAUUCAUCAUAAGCCAGAACAUAGAUGGACUGCAUUUACGAUCAGGAGUACAGAGACAGCACCUCGCAGAAUUACAUGGAAACAUGUUCACAGAACAGUGUGACAAAUGUGGCAGACAAUUUAUUCGCAAUUUCGCGACCAAGAGUGUAGGGAAAAAGUCCCUAGAUACUGUGUGUAGGUCUGAACAAAUUGGCGGUCGUCCUUGCCGUGGCCGAAUGCACGACACCAUUCUCGACUGGGAACACAAUUUACCGGACAGUGAUUUGACUCUAUCUGACCUGCAUUCCAGCGUUGCCGAUCUAAGCAUAUGCCUGGGAACUACGUUACAAAUCAUUCCGAGUGGUAACCUACCUUUAUACACGAAAAAAUACGGAGGUCGUCUUGUUAUAUGUAAUCUGCAGCCGACGAAACAUGAUAAAAAGGCCGACUUAAUUAUCAACGGCAAUGUUGACGAGAUAAUAAUUACGGUGAUGAAAAAGUUGGGAUUGGAUAUUCCGGAGUACGAGAGCAGCAUGGAUCCCACACGAAAUUCCGACACGACGGCCAAAGAGAUGGACUGGACGAUUCCGACGAGUAGAAUAAAAGAGAUGAAUGUGCUGUACAAAAAGGUGUGCAAGCCGAUGCGAAGAAAACGGAAAACGUUUAUGUAUGAGCGCGAGAGGACGGACACGAAGAGGGAAACGAAGGCCAAGAAACAGACGUUUACGGUGAAGCAAGAAAUCAAAACGGAAGAUAAUAAUAUAGCCACGACGGUUGAGAUACGCAAAACUGAGAAUGAUCGCGUGGCCGACAACCCCGUUAAGACGGAAGAGAACGCGGAGGACGUUGAAACAUGUAGGUACUCGAUGGAGAACACGAUGGUGGAGCACAGUACCGAUAUGAAAAUGAACCAGACGGUUUAGCAAGUUUUGCCAGGGCGUUGAUUUUCCAUUCAAAUAUUUCGAUUACUCUCAGUGUAUGCUGUCGUUACUUAUGAGUGCAUACCGAUUGAUAUUCAUUGAAUGAUAAGAGAUGUCUCUAAAAACGGAACAUGGGUUAAUCUAUUGAGUAGUUCGUUUGAGACAUACUCGCCACACAUUUAGCAUUAAAUACGAUAGUCCUUUUUGUUUUCUUUUUUGUUUUUUCUCUUUUCGGGACUUUCACAUAGAAGUCGAGGAUGGGAUAGUGUUAAAUGUUGAGCUGUAACGCGCUUGUAUGUUAAUUUUGUUCCUAAGUACUUAUACGCUCUCGCAAUCGUUCGGUAGAAUAGUGGUAAUGAUACGGAAAUAAUAUAAUCAAACGAUCAAUUUGCUAAUUUGAUCCUUCGUGAUCGCUCAUACGGAGCGCGCUUCGAUUUUCUUCAUAAUCUCCGAGCUUUCGUUUCUCCGGAACAUUUAACGUUAAAUGUGCAGUGAGAGUAUAUGGGCUCAUGACUUUAUUUACGAAACGUCAUUUACGAUCAGGAAGUCGAAUCUAUUCCAGUAAAUUGUAUAUAUUCAUAUUGAUAUCUAUAUGAAGUUUAGUUCGCGCGGUAUCUGCUUUUUACGACUUGCCUACGUAUUUACGCAUAUGCAUAUUAGACAACGUGAAGAGAGAUUCAUCAGAUCUCUCGACAAGCGACGUGUUCCAGAUUUCUCGUGCAUAAUACGAUACUUUUUCCACUAUAGAUUAGGAUAUUAAGAUUAUUCUAUAAAAGAGAUCUUCCUACAAGAUAUUUCGCCAGUAAGAACCUCUACGAGCAGCCUUUUCUUUCAAUUGACACGCUGAGCGUCGUGACAAAAUCGUGACAUUGUAGGACAGUUGCAAUUCUUCGAAGUUUUGCAUGUUUAUAGAAAAAGAUUCUUUUAGAGGUAUGCAAUGGAAUGAGACAGUCUUUUAACUGAGCUAAAAUUAAACCGAGAAAUUAAGGCAUAUCCCGGGUACUCGUCGCGGAAAUCUUGAUUAAUGACGUUAGAAACGAGAAAAUGUAUGUCCAAAAAUUCUGCGUCAUUUUCAAGUAAAAAGAUAUUUUUAUAAAAGAACUUUUGUGAUUAUUUAAGCAUACUUAUAAAAAUGCUCCGAAAACUAUCCUUUUUCCUUUACAGUCAAUUAAUCGCUGUAAAAUUAAGUUCGGAUCUACAAUAGGUGUAGUAAGUCUUUAGCUUUAUGCUCUAAGCCCAAAACUGUGAUAUAAUUUUCGACUAAAAACAUUUUCUAUUGAUAUCUGGAGUCAUAAUCCCUGAGCUUUAAGCGAGUUGACUAGAUUCUAAUUGUUAAAACUGGGCGGAAAACGCUUUUUGUCAGGAAUUAUAGACCUUAGAACAUAAGAUUAAAAACUUGUUACAUCUGUUGUAGUCUCAGGCUAACAUGAUAAACAACCAUCCUCUUUAAUCUAUCUUCCUUUAUACUUUUGUCACGUAAAUUUUGCGAUUAUUGAUUAUGAAAGGAAAAAGAUAGUCUUCGGAACUUUUUAUAAGUAUACUCAAGCGAUCUAAGAUGUUCUUGCACACAAAUAUCUUUUUAUUUGGAAAUAGCAAGCAAGAAUUUUCAGUGUCAUUUCUCGCUUCUGAUAUCACAAUCUAACGUGACUGCAACGAGUACUCAGGAACCUUAAAUAAUCCACAGAUAUAGGUAAAAUAAUCACACGGCGUUCGAUGUGUUGCGAGUAGAUGGUUUCGAGCGUAGUAAUUGCUGGUUGUAGUGAUAACAGUAAUUCAUAUAUGAGCUGCUUUUAUAGCAUUUAUAAGUGACUUAUGUCCGCAAAUAAUUGAGCCCGAAAAAUAUAGAAGAAAGCUCUCUAAUCUAUAAUAGAUUUUUAUAUUAUAUAUACUGGCUAGGAUCUACGCGUGCAACUAUAAUUUAAUUUUGUCUUCCACUAUGAUCUCGAAUAGUCUCGAAACACUAAUUCGGAAGUCAUACGCGAAAAACACUAUGGAAAGAUCCAAAAAUGUUUACGUUGCCUUUGCAAAGAAACAUUGUGUCUUCGUUAAAAUCGAAUUGGACAUUAUGUUAAGUGUUAUCGAGACGUUAAGUAUGAGCCUUCGAGAGUAAGACAAAAAGGUAACUUCUUCUCGAUUCGGCGCACAAGCAGUCGAAUUGUAAUGAAGAAUUGAAAUUUGAAUGAAAAAUUUUGUUUCUACUGGCGACAUUUCGUGUACAACUUUCUUAAAUGUCGCUUUCGUAAAUGUAUUAUUCCCGGGGUCCCGUGCGCGUUUGAUUAAUCCUCGAUGUUUCGAGGUAUAUUGUUACGUUAUUGCGUAAAUCGAGACAGCAUACGUGUGUGCGUGCACGCGCGCGUGCGCGCGCGCUCGGGACCGAUUUACGAAUGCGCGUCACAUUAAAUAUACGCACAUGUUUGUAUAAGUAAGACUAAUAGCACUGUUUGCUGCAAGCUGAUGUUAGAUUAUCCGACAAAUUCAGAUGUUGAAUUUUUAACAGAGAGUGCGCCUUUUUCCAUAUAGAGAAUGUUGAAAGUGAAAGUUUUAACGAUAUCUCACAGUUAGUUACGCUAAACGAGUUUUGCGCGUAGUUGAUUGACACACGUUGUGCAACGUAUAGAGUGCAUUCCGUGAUAGGAUGCGAUAUAGCGAAUCGUGUAAUAUUUAUAUGUACAUAGUGAUGUUUGCUUCAUUCACCGUAAUACAUGACUUUAUUUAAGUGAUCAUUAUUAUUCGCCAGUUAUAGUAUUCGAAAAUAAAACCUGCAUCUAUAAAAAGGAGCUCGCGACGGUGUGUGUGUGAUAACUUCUCCCAAUUGCACUUUAAUCCCUAGACUAGCGAAUGAAUCGUGCAAUAGUGAGAUUUUUAAUGGUGAUAUAUCGGGAGAGAGGGAGAGAGAGAUAACGAUAUCACAGCGAUGUUCCAUAAAUCCUGAAAGUCAAAUUGGAAAACAUCAAUCGCUACCAAUGUGUUAUUAUAAACUCAUUACUUAACUUGGGCAUUCGAAAUAAAAAAUAAAUAUUCUUUUUUAAGAUUCCUGGUUACUCGGCGCAAAGUUUUCGAUUGAUAACGUCAGAAGAUGCAUAGCCAAAAUUCCUGCAAAGUAUGUCGAAAUAAAAAGAUACAUUAACAAAGAAAUGACGAUCAAUUAAGCAAAUCUCUAAAACACUUUGAACACUUUUCUUUUGCUCUAACAAUGAAUAAAUAACGUGGCAUACAACUUUUCCCUUUAACUUACGUUUCUUCAUUAUUUUAUCACGCUAAUUUUACGCUUAUUCAUUGAUUUUUAGAGCAAAAGAAGAAUAUUCAAAAUAGAGGUGCGUUUAAUUGAUUGUAUGUAUCAUUUUUUUGGAUAUAUUAUUUUAUUUCGUACUUUGUAGGAGUUUUAGGCAGGUAUUUCCUCGCUUCUGACGUCAUAAAUUAAGAUAGCCACAGCGAGUGGCCAGGGACCUUAAUUAAUUACUUUAUAUAUUAAUUUAUAGGGAAAUAUUGUAUCUUUAGUACAAUACAUUAUCUCUAAAUUGAUUAUAUGUACAAGAAAAACAAGAUACACAAAAAUAAAAUUAAUAAUGCCAAAAAUUAUAAUAAAAAAAGCAAAAUUAUUUAAAUAAAUUUUUUAACGGAA